GGGCGCGGCGAUUGCCGCGGGCAGACGCGCAAAGCAAGCGGGAAGCAGGCAGGUGGCGGCGCGGAGAGCUGCGCCCAUUUCCACCCGCGCCCGCCGCCCGCCGCAGGACCACGAUGUUCCGGAUGCUGAGCAGCAGCUUUGAGGAUGACCCCUUCUUCGCUGAUUCUUUUCUUGCACACCGAGAAAGUAUGCGCAACAUGAUGAGAAGUUUCUCUGAACCUCUUGGAAGAGACUUGCUCAGUAUCUCUGAUGGUAGAGGAAGAACCCAUAAUCGAAGAGAACACAGUGGUGAAGAUUCCUUAACUGCAACAAGUUUUUCUCUUGUGCCUUUUGGAAGGUUUGGUGGAAUGCAUGCAGAUGUCAACCCUUUUCAGACAAUGGAUCGGAUGAUGGUAAAUAUGCGAAAUGGUAUACAGGAGUUACAAAGAAACUUUGGCCAACUUUCAAUGGAUCCAAAUGGGCAUUCAUUUUGUUCUUCCUCUGUUAUGACCUAUUCCAAAGUAGGAGAUGAACCACCAAAGGUUUUCCAGGCCUCAACUCAAACCCGUAGGGCUCCAGGAGGAGUAAAAGAAACCAGAAAAGCAAUGAGAGAUUCUGACAGCGGACUAGAAAGAAUGGCUGUUGGUCAUCACAUCCAUGACCGAGGUCAUGUCAUUAGUAAGUCAAAGAACAGCAAGACUGGAGAUGAAGAGGUCAACCAAGAGUUCAUCAAUAUGAAUGAAAGUGAUGCUCAUGCUUUUGAUGAUGAGUGGCAAAAUGAAGUUCUGAAGUACAAGCCUAUUGGACGGUCAGGAAACACUGGAAUGCGAAGUGUGGGUCAUGAGCAUCCAGGGUCACGGGAACUCAAAAGGAGAGAGAAAAUGCAUCGAAAUUCAGCCAUUGAGAGUGGAAGAAGAUCAAACAUUUUUGUGGACAAACUCAAUGUCAAAGGAUCACCUGUGAAAAUCACCAAAAAAUAAAUAGCCCUGCUUUCAUUUGUUUAGUUGGUUAUUUUAACAAAGUCAUGGCAUGGUGCUAGAAAAUACACAAAAGACCAAUCUCCUGUUGUUAAAUCAAUGCUGUACUUUGCAAUUUUCUUCCAAAUAUGAAUGUUCUUGUAAGUUUUAGCUUUACAUUAUUCAUACUUUAGGAAUAAAAUAUUGGAUGUUCAA